AAAAGACUGCUGACCCUGUUGGUACCAGGUUGACCUUAGGAAUAGUGGACUUUUGACCGGUGUUCUUUCGUACGCGGCAGCUGACAUGUAGACCAGUCACCCGGUAUACCUGACAGACUAAGGCAGUGACUGUCCUGUUUACCUCUGUUACCCGUUGAAUUGACCAAGAAGACAACAUGCCGGUCGCCGAGUACGAGUGGACGGAGACAUUUGACAUCACUCCUGAAGUACAGGCAGACUUUGACGAACAUGGCUACAUCGUCGUCAGAGGCUUACUUACCAAAGAAGAGAUGAAGAAGAUCCACAAGGCUGUAGAUCACAGUGAAGGGAUCACCAAACACUCGUACCAGAUCCCUGACGGCAGGGGCAGGAGUAGUGGGUACUGUAUCUGGAGCCAUCCUGGGGACGAUGUGACCGGUAUGGUGGGGAGGGUGGAGAAGGUGGCAGGGUACUCGCAAAAGUUGCUUGGAGGAGAGGAGGUCUAUCACUACCACACCAAGCUGGUGAUGAAGGAGCCUCAGUCUGGGGGGACUAUCAACUGGCAUCAGGACUACGGCUACUGGUACAAGAACGGCUGUCUGUUUCCUGACAUGGCGUCUGUCAUCAUCGCAGUAGACAAGGCAGACAGGGAGAAUGGAUGUCUCCAGGUUCUCCGUGGGUCCCACAAACUGGGGCGGAUUGACCACGUGUUUGUGGGAGGGCAGACAGGAGCAGACAUGAAGAGGGUGGAGGAGGUCAUGAAGAUCUGCCCUCUGGACUAUGCAGAACUGGACGAAGGUGAUGCGCUGUUCUUCCACUGCAACCUGCUUCACAGCAGCGACAAGAACGACUCCACGCGGCGCCGCUGGAACUUCAUCUGUUCCUACAACCGCGCAAGUAACAACCCUGUAUACGUGCACCACCACCCGCAGUACACACCACUCCACAAGGUUCCUAAUGAUGCCAUCCUGAAAUGUGAGAACUUCACAGACAUGACAGGGAAGGAGUUCGUGGACCCGAGCAUGGACAAGACAGUCAAGGCUGAUCUCACCACCUUCAAGGGCGACAAAUGAUUGGUUAUGUCCUGGUUGCCUGAUCAGAGCCUCUACCAGGCUUCGGG